AAACCGAUAUCGCAGAUUAAAUACGCGAGUUUAAAUAUUAAAUUAGUAUGUUAAGUACAAUGUGAAAAUCCCAAAUAAUUUCUAUAACUUAUCAAUGAUGUAGGAAUAGAUUUAUAAUCCAAAUUAUUUUUGAAGUCCAAUUUUCUGAAACCCCAAAGUGCCAUUACUGUAGUCUUCAAUUUUUCGGUCGUUGGUUACUGGAGUAAGGUUGCCACUGUUUUGAUCGUCAAAGAACCGUGCAUUUAAUUGACAGUACUCAGCAAUUGACAAAAAGCCUUAAUCAUGGCGUAUCCGGCAGCAAUGUAUGGUGCUAAUGAUCCUCAAGCGCAAAUAAAUCCACAAGUACAACAAUGGUUUGCUGCCGUUGAUAGAGACAAUAGUGGAAGAAUUAGUGCAUCAGAAUUAAAGAGUGCAUUAGCAAAUGGGCAAGGAGGUACAUUUUCAGAUACUGCUUGUAACUUAAUGAUAGGAAUGUUUGAUAAAGAAAAAAGUGGUACCAUUGAUUUAUUCGAAUUUCAAUCUCUUUAUAAUUAUAUUAAUGCAUGGCUGGGUGUCUUUCGUGGUUUUGAUCAUGACAAUUCUGGAAGUAUACAAGAAAAUGAAUUAAGUGCAGCCUUAACACAAAUGGGAUACAGACUUAGUCCAGACUUUAUUUCAUUUCUUAUUAAAAAAUGUGAUCCCACUGGUCAUUCUUCUAUUACUGUCGAUCAGUUUAUUGUAUUAUGCGUCCAAAUUCAAAGGUUUACAGAUGCCUUCCGGGUUAGAGACUCUGACCAAGCAGGAUCAAUUACUAUUGGAUUUGAAGAUUUUUUGACUGUUGCACUUAAUUGUAGCGUGUAAUAUUUGAUGCUUCUAGAUUUAGUUAAUUUUAACAUAUUUAAAUGAAUUUAGAUUAGCGUUAGUUUAGAUACUAAUACUCUUAAUUAUGUUUUAAAAGAUCUAUUUUUUAAUAUUAAACAUAGGUUAUUUAAUUUUAAUAUAUUUGGUUAAUAACUUCAGCUAUCUAGUUGUCAAAAUAUAGGUAAAGGCAAUUGUAAGAUAAUAUUUAAAACAAAUAUGGUAAGAGUAAAAUAUUCUGAAUACUUGUAUUUCUAUAUUUAGCACUGCUUAUAGUAUAGACAAAUAUCCAUGAAAUGAUUGUUUUAUUUAUGAGCAAAAAUAAAUAUAUUAUAUUUUGGCAUCACAAAU